GACACCGGCCGUUUCAGAUACCGCUCUAUACGAUCGCGCUCUCAUCCUGGCCUGUUCUCGCUCUGUGCACGCGUGUGUGUGUGCCUGAAGUACAUGAGGAUAUAAUGUGAAUGAUGAUGGUGUGAUGGUUGACCCUCUAAAGGUCUUUUGGGUAUUAACCAACAGCACUUACUUAGUGACCAAAUUUAUUCGCAUUGGAAUCGCUGAUAAGAAUGACAAUCCUCCUUAUUUCGAUAAGGCCCUAUACGAGGCGGAAGUCGACGAAAAUGAGGAUAUCCAACAUACCGUACUUACUGUCACCGCCAAAGAUCACGAUGAAUCCUCCCGUAUUCGAUACGAGAUCACAAGCGGUAACAUAGGAGGUGCAUUUGCAGUUAAAAACAUGACCGGGGCUAUUUAUGUAGCCGGAGCUUUGGAUUAUGAGACUAGAAAGAGGUACGAGCUUCGCUUGGCAGCUUCGGACAAUCUGAAGGAAAAUUACACUACUGUCGUAAUACACGUCAAAGACGUAAACGACAAUCCUCCUGUGUUUGAGAGACCCACGUACCGAACGCAAAUAACCGAAGAAGACGACAGAAACCUGCCCAAAAGCGUCUUGAGGGUAACUGCUACUGACGGAGAUAAGGACAGACCUCAGAAUAUUGUAUAUUUCCUGACAGGCCAAGGAAUCGAUCCCGAUAAUCCUGCUAACAGCAAAUUCGACAUCAACAGGACCACUGGGGAAAUAUUCGUAUUAAAGCCCCUGGACCGGGACCAACCGAACGGCAGACCUCAAUGGCGGUUCACCGUGUUUGCUCAGGACGAAGGAGGAGAAGGGCUCGUGGGUUACGCCGACGUCCAAGUUAAUCUAAAAGAUAUCAACGACAACGCGCCCAUAUUCCCGCAAGGAGUUUAUUUCGGAAACGUAACCGAAAACGGAACGGCAGGAAUGGUAGUAAUGACAAUGACGGCUGUCGACUACGACGACCCCUCGGAAGGCACAAAUGCCCGCCUGGUGUACUCCAUCGAAAAGAACGUGAUAGAAGAAGAGACGGGCUCUCCAAUAUUCGAAAUUGAAUCGGAAACGGGCGUUAUAAAAACCGCAGUCUGUUGUCUCGAUCGCGAAAGGACUCCCGAUUAUUCGAUACAAGUGGUAGCGAUGGACGGCGGGGGGCUGAAAGGGACGGGAACGGCGUCUAUACGCGUAAAAGAUAUCAACGAUAUGCCGCCACAAUUUACGAAGGAUGAGUGGUUCACGGAAGUAGAUGAAACAGAUGGCGCGACACUUCCGGAAAUGCCCAUUCUUACAGUAACCGUGCACGACGAAGAUGAAACCAAUAAAUUCCAAUAUAAGGUGAUUGAGAACAGUGGCUACGGUGCGGACAAAUUUACAAUGGUGCGCAACAAUGACGGUACAGGCUCUCUAAAAAUCGUGCAACCUUUAGACUACGAGGAUCUGUUACAAAGCAAUGGAUUUAGAUUUAGAAUACAGGUGAACGACAAAGGAGAGGACAACGACAACGAUAAAUACCACGUAGCUUAUUCAUGGGUCGUGGUAAGACUGAGAGAUAUUAACGAUAACAAACCCCAGUUUGAACGACCGAACAUCGAAGUAUCUGUCUUUGAAAACGCUGAAGUUGGUAAAAGUCUCGAAACGUUUAAAGCUACCGAUCCCGAUCAGGGUGGAAAGAGUAAAGUUUCGUACGCUAUUGACAGAAGUUCCGACAGAAAACGGCAAUUUUCCAUCAAUCAGGAAGGUACAGUGAGCAUACAACGAUCUCUAGACAGAGAAGACACUCCGAGACAUCAAGUUAAAAUUCUCGCCAUUGACGACGGAAUUCCUCCAAAGACAGCCACUGCAACUUUGACCGUCAUCGUCCAGGAUAUUAACGACAACGCCCCGACCUUCCUUAAGGAUUACCGGCCAGUUGUUCCUGAACAUGUUCCUCCCAGAAAAGUCGUGGAGUUGUUGGCUACCGACGAUGACGACAGAUCUAAGAGCAACGGCCCUCCUUUCCAGUUCAGGCUUGACCCCAGUGCGAGCGACAUCGUGAGAGCAUCUUUUAAAGUCGAGCAAGAUCAAAAGGGCGCAAAUGGUGACGGUAUGGCUAUCAUUACGUCUCUUCGAUCAUUCGACAGAGAACAACAGAAAGAAUACUACAUUCCGAUUGUUAUUAAAGACCAUGGCAAUCCUGCGAUGACCGGCACCAGUACCUUAACUGUAGUCAUUGGUGAUGUCAACGACAACAAAAUGCAACCAGGCUCCAAAGAAAUAUUUGUAUAUAACUAUCAAGGUCAGGCUCCCGAAACAGAGAUUGGAAGAGUUUAUGUCUAUGAUUUAGACGACUGGGAUCUGCCAGAUAAAAAGUUCUACUGGGAAGGACCAGAACAUCCACGAUUCAAACUAAAUGAAGAUACUGGUAUGAUUUCCAUGAAGUCUGGAACUCGAGACGGCAUAUACUACUUACGAUUCAAAGUUUACGAUCGUAAACAUACGCAGACAGAUGUAGCAGCCAAUGUAACGGUCACUGUUAAAGAAAUUCCUCAUGAAGCAGUAGUUAACUCUGGAUCGGUUCGAAUAGCAGAUAUAACAGACGAAGAAUUUAUCAGAAUAUGGGAUUAUCACUCUCAAAGUUUAUCGAAAAGUAUGGCUGAGAAGUUCAGAGAUAAAAUAGCUGAUCUUUUGAACAUAAACCGAGAAAACGUGGAUGUGUUCAGUGUCCAAUUACGAAGAAAACAUCCUCCAGUAACAGACGUGAGAUUCUCGGCUCAUGGCUCACCUUACUAUAAGCCAGUUAGACUUAAUGGCAUAGUCUUAAUGCAUAGAGAAGAAAUCGAAAGAGCUGUUGGUAUUAACAUAACCAUGGUUGGAAUUGACGAGUGUUUGUAUGAAAAUCAGAUGUGUGAAGGAUCUUGUACCAACACUUUAGACAUAAGUGCCUUACCGUACAUGGUGAAUGCUAAUAAAACUGCUUUAGUAGGGGUUAGAGUUGACGUUUUAGCUGAAUGUACCUGCGGCGCUAGAAACUUCAGUAAAGAAGAAAAUUGCCGAAAUACUCCUUGUUAUAAUGGUGGAAGAUGUAUUGAGACCCGUUAUUCGUUGUCUUGUUCUUGUCCAGCGGGAUAUAACGGACCAAGAUGUCAACAAACUUCAAGAAGUUUCAGAGGUAACGGUUGGGCAUGGUAUCCAGCUCUAGAAAUGUGCGACACGUCACAUCUUCACUUUGAGUUUAUUACCCGCAAACCGGAUGGAUUACUGCUUUAUAAUGGACCCAUUGUACCACCUGAAAAAGACGAAAUCAUGGUAUCAGAUUAUAUAGCUGUUGAACUAGAAAGAGGAUAUCCACGUUUACUUCUAGAUUUUGGUUCAGGAACGCUAGAACUUAGAGUUAAAACCAAAAAGACGUUAGAUGAUGGCGAAUGGCAUAGAUUAGACGUAUUCUGGGAUACAGAAAACGUAAGAAUGGUUGUUGAUUAUUGUAAAUCAGCUGAUAUUGCUGAAAUGGAAGAUGGAAGUCCACCCGAGUUCGACGACAGUAGCUGUCAAGCUCAAGGCACAAUUCCUCCAUUCAAUGAAUAUCUAAACGUCAAUGCUCCUCUACAGCUUGGAGGUUUGUAUGUAGAACAGUUCGAUCCAACUCACUACCACUGGCAAUAUAUGCCUGUAGGCAAAUCUUUUGACGGUUGCAUUCGAAAUCUCUUCCACAACUCCAAAUUAUAUGAUCUGGCCCAUCCUGGUCUUUCCAGACAUAGUGUACCUGGUUGUCCUCAAACAGAAGAAGUGUGUGGUAGAUCGGAAAAUACAGCUAGAUGUUGGGAGCACGGUACAUGUGUGGGAAGUUUCAACGAAGCUAAAUGUCACUGUCAUCCAGGAUUUACUGGACCAUCAUGUACUUCAAAAACAACGCCAACUUCUUUCAAGCCUCAGUCAUACGUUAAGUACGCUCUUAGUUUUGAACCAGAUCGUUUUUCAACGCAAAUGCAACUGAGAUUUAGAACAAGAGAAGAACACGGUGAGCUAUUCAGAAUAUCCGAUCAGCACAAUCGUGAAUAUGCGAUACUAGAAAUAAAAGAUGCAAGACUCUACUUCAGAUAUAACUUAAACUCCCUCAGAACCGAAGAACGAGAUAUUUGGCUUAGUGCCGUUCCGGUGGAUGAUGGUCAGUGGCACGUGGCAAGAGUAAGCAGAUAUGGUUCAGCUGCUACGUUAGAACUGGAUGGUGGAGAAGGUAGACGAUACAACGAAACAUUCAACUUCAUUGGGCACCAGUGGUUGCUCGUGGAUAAACAAGAAGGAGUGUAUGCUGGAGGAAAAGCAGAAUACACUGGCGUCCGGACUUUCGAGGUUUAUGCGGAUUAUCAGAAAGGUUGUUUGGAUGACAUUCGCUUGGAAGGCAAACACCUACCCCUUCCACCAGCUAUGAACGGAACACAGUGGGGGCAGGCGACUAUGGCUAGAAAUUUAGAAAAGGAUUGUCCAUCCAACAAACCCUGUGCAAAUGUCAUCUGUCCUGAUCCGUUCGAGUGUGUUGAUCUGUGGAAUGAUUAUGAAUGCACUUGUGGCGAGGGACGCGUAAUGUCGUCCGAUGGCAAAGACUGCAUGGAUAAAGACGAAUGCCUCGAUUUACCUUGUUUGAACGGCGGUACUUGCAUCAACCUGGAACCGAGGUUCCGGUACCGUUGUAAUUGUCCGGACGGAUUCUGGGGCGAGAAUUGCGAAUUGAUCCAAGAAGGUCAAACUCUUAAACUCAGCAUGGGGGCGCUGGCGGCGAUCUUGGUCUGCCUGCUCAUCAUAUUAAUCUUAGUGCUCGUAUUCGUCGUGUACAACAGACGAAGAGAAGCUCACAUCAAAUACCCCGGCCCCGAUGAUGAUGUCAGGGAAAACAUUAUUAACUACGACGAUGAAGGAGGCGGUGAAGAUGAUAUGACUGCCUUCGAUAUUACUCCUCUACAAAUUCCAAUCGGAGGACCUCUACCUGAUUUAGGACCACCAAAAAUCGGAUUUAUCAUGGGCGUUGGUCAAGAGCCUAACGUAGGAGUCUUCAUCGAGGAACACAAGAAACGAGCUGAUAGCGAUCCUAAUGCUCCACCUUUCGACGACUUGAGGAAUUAUGCUUAUGAAGGAGGUGGCAGCACGGCUGGAUCAUUGAGUUCUUUGGCUUCAGGCACAGACGACGAAGUUCAAGAAUACGAAUACCUGGGCGCCUGGGGACCUCGAUUCGAUAAACUAGCAAACAUGUACGGCCCAGGAGAAGAGACUGAACAGGAAGAAGAAUAAAUGUUAAAACUAAAAGUGAACAAAAAUAAACAUUCCUCCAUCUCAAAAUGCUUUCACGCGGCCUCCACGCGUGUUCAAUAAGACUGUUUUUUUGCAGUUGUACUGCUAUUUAAAUAAUUCUAGACAAUUUAUGAUGCACCCUUGUAUACGAAGGUCUGCAUAAACGCCAUUGAGAUCUUUUCCAAGUUGUUUGUAUGUUCGAUUUAUUACUGAUAGAGCUUUUGCGGCAAGUACCUUAGAAAAGGAGAUUUAUCAAAUUUUAUCGCAUAAUUGUAAAUUUUUGUUACGUACAUUAAGUAAAUGUGAGUUACCAAAUGAAUUAUUUAAUACUGUCCGAGUUUUCCACUCAAAGGCAAAGGGCAUCGCACACAUUUUAUGGAAAAUGUAACGACACUCAAAUGAAAUAAAAUUUGUGUGACCAGAUUCGUCUCGAAAUCACAGUCAUUUCAUAUCAUUGCGCCAACUCUGAAUUUUGAUUAAGCUGUUUUCAAUAGUGACAAGACUAAUAAUAUUUAUAAAUAUGACCGUUUUAUGAACUUCAAAAAUGUGAUUUCCGUAAACUUUGAUUACAAUUUACGCCGUUAUUAACCGAAGUUCAGAAUUGACGCAACAAUAUGAAAUUAUUUUAAUUUCUAGACGAAUCUAUUUAUGUAAAUUUAAUUUCAUUUGAGUGGCAUUACAUUUUUUAUAAGAUGUGUGUGGUGUUUUUUACGUGAUUUGUAUAAUCGUGGAAUAGAAUUAUUCGCGCAAGUAAAUAACUUCAUAUAAAAAAUUAUGUGAAAUUUACGUUCUAGUUGUACGUAAAAUAAUAGAUUGUUUAAGGUGAAGAAAAGCGAUCGCAACAUCAUCAAACAGAUUGAGCCGCAAUCUCUGUUUGUAGUCUUCUAACUCCCAGCUUCCUCUAAUCUUCUUCAACAUCGUCAAUCCAGCGAAAUGUCUUCCUCUGUCUUCAAUUCCAUGAGAUACGCAGUAGAGAUCCUCGUUAACAGAUUUGUAAAGCUACUUCUUUAAAAUUAUAAAAAAUAUAAGGCCUAAUGCAUAUUGUUUGCAGAUCUAUCUCCUCUUCUACGUAUUUGCUUGAGACAAAUAUCGACAAAAAAGGUGUUUGAUGGUUUAUAUUGUUAGUGUAACGCUGUUAAUGACACUCUUACAUUAAUAUAUCUCAUUAUAAAAAAAUAUGGAGACAACGAAGCUCAUGAAAUCAUAUUCAGUAAAAACAAUUUUUAGCAUUUUUAACCAAUAUACAUUUUAGUACAUUUGAUGAAAUAUAUCAAUCAUUUCUAUUUCAGUCAAUUAUCAAUUGUUAAUUUUCAAAGUCAGUUGAGCACAUACAUGGAUCAUGGUAUACUCUUUCUCAGAGGCAUCUUUCAUUGCGUCACAGUUUUUCGAUUUCUUUUUAACGCACUAAGUUGGAAGUAACAGAAAAAAAGGUACGUCCGUGAUCACAGUCAUUUAUAACAUUUAUUCUAGUUGUAGAUAGAUGGCGCUAUAAUCGAACAAAAGAUGAUUUACGAAUUAUAUAUACGACUAUAAUUUGUAGAAUUUAUAAGACUAUACAAAUCAAAGAAAAUACAAUUUUAUAAUUGCAAUAAACACAAUUGAUUUGUUUUUAUACCAAAUUGCAAAUAAAAGGGUUAUACUGCAAUACCCUUUUCAUAUUUGGCUGAUUACGAUUCUGACAACUGUCACAUUUAACUUAAAUGUCAUGUUAGAAUAAAUGUUAUAAAUGUAUAUUAUCACGGACUUACCUUUUUCUCGGUCACUUGUGACGUACUGAAAAGUGCCUCUGAGAAGGACCAUAAGAUCCCAAUAUAUCAGUAAAUUAUUUGAAUGCCAAAUAACGGAUGGACCAUUUCUAAAACCAGAUUUUAUAUUGCUAAUUUCUCGCUCCUAGGUCCUUAAAUUUUGCAUAAAAAUGUCUUCAGGGCGUGACUAUUUGAGCUUAUCGUACGGUAUUGAAUAUACUUGAUGUACAAAUGAGGUCAUUCGCCUUUCCCUAUUUCAGUUUGUAGACUUUUGUUAGGACAAUUGCCUCAUACCAGUAUUUCGUCUUUCAGUUCGUCAGAGUCUCUUGCUUCGUCUGUUUCUGGCAGAUGUAUUUCAUUAGCAACUUUUUCUUUUGUGAUGAACUAACUGGAGAUACAAUGAUCUUGAUGUGUAUGUAGUCCAUUAUGUUGAAUAUUUUCAAAUGGUUUUAAUAAUGCUUAAUGCUUUCACUUUAAUAAUGAUUUCACUGGGAUGAUAUCAAUCUCUUUCAUAAAUUUGUUCCAGCUAACUGAUACAAAACGACUUUUUCUAUUACGAAUCCUUCUCUAUUCAUAUUCAUUAUGCCAUCCAUUUAAGCAUUCAAAGUUCUGUAGCAGGGACUUGUUUUUUCUUUCUACUUACUGAAUACCGUCCAAUUUUUGGGAAAUUUAUGAUUUUUUUGCAAAUUUGAGUUCAUGUCAAUGGGUAUAAAUAGAAAAAAAAAUAUGUACUUAAAUUAUUGAUGUUGUUUGAUAACCUAUAACAACUGUAAUAUUUCUUUAUUAGUGGUUAAGUACGUACCUAACCUUAAUUGAGGACUUAACGAUGGGCUGUAAAUUGUAGAGUCCGUUCAUCCAAUUACGAUAAAACCACAGGUGCAAUUUAAGCAAAAUGGUCAAAAGGCAAAUAACACAUGAUACAUUGAAUUCAUAGGAUCAAUUUCACUAAAAUUAUUUACACCUAUUGGAAAAUUUAGCCCAAUGCGGUGUAUGGUAAUUGGCGUUUAUCGGUGAACCGUAAUUUACACUAAAUUUUCAAAGUAAUUGCCAUGGAUUCCUGUAGGUCAUUUAAUUCACUUCAAAGAGAAUAUCUUGCAUUCAUACGCCAACUAUUACGUUUGUUACUAGUUUUAACUUAUAUAGAUAUGCAUUUUUAAACAAAAAGGAUUGUAUUUAGUAGUAUUUCUAUUUAAUAAACACUUUGUGUCUGUGAAAAUAUAUUAAAGAUUAAUAUAUUAAGUAAAAGAACUAAAUAAAGGACUUACAAUCAAUAUAUUCUACCUAGGACGACCAGUUUCGCACACCACAAUUUUCUAUGCAUUUUCAACUCUCUGGGAAAGUAUAGUCCAUCCGCUAUAACUUUUCCCAUGCGGUACGAUUCAUUUUCAAUCAAAUUAAGCCAAAACAUAAAUUGAAACGAACGUCGAUGUGUAUAUACAUUUUGUAUACUAUAUACUACACACAUCGGCGUACGUUUCACUUUCUGUUUUGACUUAAUUUGAUUGAAAAUGAAUCGUACCGCAUGGGAAAAGUUAUAGCGGACGGACUAUAACUAAAUGCUAAAAUUAUAAAUUGCCAAUGUGCAGGUAUUGUCAGGUACAAAAAUAUAAACUACGCACAAUAUAUUGUGCACAGUUUUACGUUCCACAAUUUUAUAUAAAUGUUACUUACAUGGCGAUAUAAGGAAUGUUGUUAUAUUCAACAACGAAACAAGAAAACUAAAAUUCCGUUAAAUGGUUAGUUGGUGUUUGAUGGAUAUCGGCUUUACUGCCCUUAGACAAAUAUAGGAAUGUAACAUGAUUAUGAACAUAGGAAUAUAGAAAAUUCUAAGUGCAGUAAAUCCGAUGACCAUCAAACACCAGCCAGCUACCACGGAACUUUAAGUAUGUUCCACAUAAAGCAGUUUCCGAAAAGUAUUGAUUUUAAUGGUUUUAAAUAUGAACAAUUCAUACUGUCCGGAGCGUAUCGUAUCAGACACCUCUUUGUAAAAUCAGGUUUUUCGGAGGAUACGCUACGUGCUGGAGGAUAACAUGCCGCGACCUUAAAUAUAACAGCAUUCCUUGUAUCGGUAUGUAAGUAACAUUCAUAUAAUCUUAAAAUUGUAUAACUUAAAAACUGUGCAGACAUAAUAUUGGCAUAAUUUAUAUUUAUGUACUUGAAAGUACCCUCAUCAUCAUCUAGCCGUUAUCGUCCACUGCUGAACAUAGGCCUCCUCUAGUUUCUCCACGUCUCCCUUUCUUGAACUAUCAUCAUCCAGUUCUCGGCAGUUCUCUUUAUAUCGCCACUCCAGCGCGUUAAUGGUCGACAUUUGCUUCGUUUGUGUAUCCAUGGUCGCCAUUCCAAUAAUCUUCUAGUGCAUCUGUCGGUCGGUGUUCUUACCACAUGACAUGCCCAUCUCCAUUUCUUUUUUGCUACAUGUUCUACUACGUCUUUGAUUUUUGUUCUUUGUCUGAUGGCAUUAUUUAGUAUCCUGUCCCUCCUUGUGACUCCUAGCAUGGCUCUCUCCAUGGCCCUCUGGGCCACUCUUAGAUUUUCUACUGACAUUUGCGUUAAUGUUAAGGUCUCUGCUCCGUAUGUUAUCACCGACAAUACGCACCUAUUCUGCUCAAACUUAUUCUGCGCUGUAUCUCGUGCGUUUGGUGGUUGUUUCCAAUUUGUAUCUUAUGUCCAAGAUAUUUAUACACAUGUGUUUCUGUUAUGUCGGCGUCAUCUAUUCUGAUAUUUUGUGCAAGCACUAAACUUGUCAUUAUUUGAGUUUUGCUUACGUUUAUUCGGAAACCUACUGCUGAUACAGGUAAUGCCAUUUCUUCAAGCAUAUGCUUUACCUCGCCGAUGUUAUCCGUGAUCAGAACGAUGUCAUCUGCGAAUCUAAGGUGGGUCAAUCUUCCGCCAUCAAUAUUAAUGCCUCUAUGAUCCCAGGCUACCUAAUAAUUUCAUUGCGUAUUCAAUGACAGCUGUAAAAAGUUUAGAGGAGUUGAUGCCCCCUGUUGAACUCCUCUGUUCACUUUAAUUUUACCUGUAGGACACAGUACCCUAACAUUGGCAAUUUAUAAUUUUAGCAUUUAGUUACCUUCUCGGAGAUCUGCAGACGCAUAUAGACAAGGCGAAAACGGCGGGUUCGUUGGGAAAAUAUUCCCAUGAGAUUUUUUUGUAUAAUUACAUUCGUGAGACAUCCCAGAAUAAGGUUGAAGAAGUCGCCCACGCGAAAAGUGGGCCAAAAAUUUUUUUAACAAUUUUUUUUAAUCAAAUUGCAAAAAUCAAUAUUUUUGGCCCGGACAAUUUUUUGUAGGUUUUUUGGACCAUUCUGGAUAAAAAAGGUCUCUUAUAAUUUUUCUCUAAAGUUGAUCGUUUUCGAGUUAUAAGCAAUUUAAAAUUGAAAAUAACGAAAAAUGGCGAUUUUCAAGGCUUAAUAACUCGGUUAAAAGUUAUUAUUAUGAAAGUCAGAAAGUGACUAAAUCAAAGUUUAAUGCCCCCCCUACAAGAUCUCGAAGAAAUUUAAUUAAAUAAUAACUUUUAACCGAGUUAUUAAGCCUUGAAAAUCGCCAUUUUUCGUUUUUUUCAAUUUUAAAUUGCUUAUAACUCGAAAACGAUCAACUUUAGAGAAAAAUUAUAAGAGACCUUUUUUAUCCAGAAUGGUCCAAAAAACCUACAAAAGAAUUGUCCUGGCCAAAAAUAUUGAUUUUUGCAAUUUGAUUAAAAACAAAUUGAAAAAAAAAAUUUGGCCCACUUUUCACGUGGGCGACUUCUUGAACCUUAUUCUGGGAUGUCUCACGAAUGUAAUUAUGCAAAAAAAAUCUCAUGGGAAUAUUUUUCCCAACAAACCCGCCGUUUUCGCCUUGUCUAAUAGCGAAUUGUAGCAUGCGAAACCGUCGUCCUAGGUAGAAUAGAUUGAUUGUUGGCAAGUAUUUUAUUUACGUAUUUCUUUUACCUACAUUGAAAUAGACUCACAUGUGAAGGCAGUCAAUAUUGAAAAAUAUUGAAAUAUUUAAAAAUUUGCAAAAAACAACUUAAUGUGUCACCUUUGAUUAAAAUUAACAAUUGAACUGAAGAAAAUAAACUGAAAGUAACUAAAGGUUACAUUGUAUUUCUCAAACUGCGUAUGAAUGUAUAAGAACAAUUUUUGUGGAUGUACCUUCUAAAAACGAUUUUAGUUGACUUACUGUACAGGCGAUAAAAACCAUUCAUCUUUUUAUCGAUAUUGUUUCGAUUGAGAUUAUAGACUUUGAUUAUGUAGAUGUUAAGUAGUGAAAUGUUGUUAAUCUUAAUAAUAUUUAUAUUGACUGAUAGUACGUUGGGGUGUUGAUUGGAAAAAUCUCAAUGGAUACCACACCAAAAAUUAUUCUUUCCCCACUGCCACGUCUCAAUGUUGAUUGUCCCCUCAGAAAUUGAUAUUUCUAUCGUCCCGUUUAUGCAGAACUUUGCAAGGUUGAUGCAGAAAAGUUGCAUGAGUUUUAUUGUACCUACCUACCUACGGCACGAAGUUAAUAGGACUUUAAUACAACUCCACGGUACGAGUUUGCCUGUAUUCUUCCUUUAUACCCUGUUUUAUUUUAUCAAUAGGUGAUGACGUCACAAAAAAGUUUUGGCACAGUGUUGCCAAAUUUUUUUCUUGAAAAACUUGGCAACAUUGCUUCUUUGUAAGUAAUGACGUCACAACCGACUUAAAAUAAACAAGGUUUAACUUAAUUAUUUGAAAAAAUAUUUAAAGAAUAAAUAUGUUGGUAUAUAUAAUACGAGUUAAGUGUAUCAUACAGAAGGAUUAUUUUUGAUUGCACUGUUUAAGAUUGUAGUCUAGUAGAACUGAUGAUCUUGCUUAAAAGUUUAAUUUAUUACUAAGUAGUAAGAGACAAAGAAGUUAUUAGUAAAUAGGUUCCUUCUCUUUCAUGAGCUUACUUUCAAUAAGAUUUACUUUUUGUAUCUUUUAAUUCCUUUUGUAACUGCUAUAGAGGUCAUAAUUGUACAGAAUAAUGUUUUAAAUGGGAUUUUAAUGUCUCUAAUAUAUUAAACUUGUUUUUUUAGAAACUUAUCUUCUUUAAGGAGCCUCUAACCUCCACUCCUGGAUGUUAACAUGCUUCUGUUAGUGUACCUAUGCUAAUCGUGUUUGUCCUUGGUCAUGCUGUGACUGGCUAACAAGUCAGUUUUCUGCAUUGGAUGAGAUUUUUCUUUGCAUAUUGUGCAUUUCCUGCACCAAUUAAGCUUCAGCUUUAAAGCUUUUAUUGUAGGUUAUCUAAAUGUAUCUUAGAUUCUUUGGACCUAUUCUACUGAGACCUUUUCAGAUUUAUUAUGGUCUUCUAAUCCUAGAUUACAUUCUCUAGCCUGACACUUUUUAAAACGUCUAAUAGCUUCGAGACUAAACCCUCCAUGUAGCUUUUUACCGGUGGCUUUUAUUCUUCUUCUUUCUAGCAUGAUCGAUCAUGCUACUAUGCUACUACCUGUUCAUUGCCAUCAAGUCUUCCCCGGACGAUGAGGUUCAGCAUUCUCGCCAUCGUUUUGGUGGUCUACCCUGUGGUCUUUUACCUACUGGGUUAUUCAUUUUUGUGCUUUUAACGCGUCUGCUGUCAUCCAUUAUCAUUAUAUGUUUGUUCCAAUAUCUUCGUCUCUCUCUCUCUCUCUCUCUGAACCGCCUUCCUAUGUCCUGUAUUCCAUAGUUUUGUCUGGCGUCUUCACUUCUUAUUCUGUCACGUAGAGUUUUGCCUUGUAUAAUUCUUAGUGUUCUCAUUUCAACUGUUCUCAUCAUUUGUAACGUUCUUUUUGUGUCUGGUCUUGUUUCUGUCCCAUAUGUUAUAAUAGGUCUUAUUGUUGUUUUAUAUAUUUUGACUUUGCUUUCAGUAUUUAGAUAUUUGUUCUUCCAUACGAUUUCUUUCAGGCAUCCCGAGAUUCUGGCUGCUUUCAUUGUUUAUUCUCUGACCUCCUUUGAGAGAUUUACAUAGCUAUUUCCGCACCAAGAUAUUUAAAGUGAUUCACUUGUUCCACAGUUUUGAAGUCAAUUUCUAAUUUGCAUCUUAUCGGUUCUUUGAAAAUUACUAAUCACUUAGUCUUCUCGAUGUUGAUGAGCAUAUUUAGUUCUUUGGCUUUAGUAUUAAAUGCAUUUAAUACUAAGGGCAGUAGCCCUUGGAGAUUGUCUUCCGAAUCGGCGAUAAGGACAGCAUCGUCAGCGUAGCAAACGACUCUAAAAGAAUGUGUUUCCCAUCUUAAAUCGAGCUGUUCUGGGAAGGUUUUUCAAGUAAGCUUUUAUUCGCCUAAUGUAAAGAACCGCACAUUUGUCAGACUGUCGCACUGACACAAAAUGUCCUCUAUUGUUUUUCUUUUAGGUGACAGAAUCUGCAUAGGUCAUCACCUGCCAACCCCAUCAUCUUUAACGGCCCAUUUAGCUUACAGUACCCUGUUAACAAACCUACUAGGGCUUUGACUGUUUUCCUGUCUUUACUUAUUAGGUCUGCUGUAAAUGUUUGGUGAAUGUUCUAUAAUGAAGUGUCUGUCUUUGUCCUGGUGAAUAUCUCUACAAUAUUUAAGUAGUUAUCAUUUUCUGGCAUUGGUUUAUUCCAUGAGAAGUUGAAUAUUUAAUUUUAAUGUCAAUAUUUUUGUAGUAAUUUUCUCUAACAGCUUAGACAAACGUAUUAAGAGGUGUGUAGAGGCUUCUAUAAUAUGACUUAUUAUUUUGGAAAUGUAUUAAUUAAUACAUUUGUCAAAAUUCCUAACCUAACAUUACCUAAAAAAAUAUUUUUUCGACAAUUUUUUGUGAAUUUAUACGGUAUCUGUAGGCUCUUAUUCUAACGCGAUAUGUUUAAAUAUUUUUUCUAAAUAAAUUUACGAAAUUCGACUAAAAGAAUGUAAAAAAUGUGAACAAUCAGUAGUUAGAAUAUUUCGUUUUAAGUUUGUUACCAUUAGUUGUUGUAAGUGGCGCGCCGUAUUUAAUUUUUUUAUUGGCGUAUGAAAAGCGAUAUAUUUGGGUGAAUAUAUGGGUAUAUAUGGAAAAUGGGUUUUCCUUUAAAAAAUCUCGAAAACUUAUGUCUGAACCUGGCUGUAAGUAAUCAUUCAUUUUACAAAAAUAGGCACACAAUACUAAAUUCCUCCAUUUCUUGUAGUUGCUUUUCAUCUGCAGUUAUUUUACUGUCCAUUCUAUGUUGUUAUAGAUUUUCAUUUUGUUUAUGUUAGUUUUAAUAUACAGACAGGUUUUAUGUAAGUAAUUGCUUGAUCAGUAUUUAUGUUAUUUUGAAACAUAAUAUGAGUAUAUCUUUAUUUUUAAUAUAAACAUUUUACUGUUGUUCUGAAGCUAUUUUCUUGUGGCAUUUUUGCAAUUAACUAUUUUUAAUGGGAAAUAAGCCAUAAUUUUACCAAAAAAAAUGAUUUUAUUAACGUUUCGAAGUUUCUUAUUUUUUUUAACAUUUUACUAAUUAUACAAAUAAUCAUACAAUUUUGAGUUUUUAAAGCGUUUUGUCACUUUAUUAACGAAAUUUUCUUCUCCUUUUUUUAUAUGAUUUAGCCAGAACUUUGUCAAUUAAUACAGUAAGUAUUUGAGAUAUUUUAAAUAUAUUAAUGCCACCUCAUAUAUGCUGUUUCAUACCCAAAUGUAGGAGAGUUUGAUAAAGAAAUAUUUCUGAAAACUAAAGACAGGAAAGACCUCUAGGUAUGGAUAAGUUGAUUCUAGGCAAACGAAAUUACUAAAUUUAAAAUAUAAACAUAUUUUAAAGCUCUCUUUAGAAUACGAAAGCAUUUUAAUACUGUAAUGUCUUGUGUUUAUAUAAGUGGAACAUUGUGGGACUGUAUUGAAAUUACCUAAGAUAUGAAUACUCUUGUCCUCUGUUAAGAGCCAGUAUUCCUGCAAAUGUUUGCGGGACAGUCACUAAACUUUAGGUCAAAUUACAGGUUUAGAAUAGAUUUAUCUGCGGAAGUUAUGUGUGCGGUUGGCUACAAGAGAUUUAGGAAAUUAAAUGGGCAACUUGAUGCAUUUCAACACCACGAUGAAAGCGAAAAAGAAACCGUAAGUCAAGUAGAUACGUAAAAAAAGCAGCAACAUCAUACGGGAAACAAGAGAGAACUGAUAUACAUAAAGGCAAAUCUAAGACUUGAAGCUUAAGCAAGGAUACAACUGACGAAUCAGUUCAAAAGAGUGUUAAACAUAUGUGUAAGAUGAACAUUUUUAGAUCCACAGACGAAAACCUACUAGAGACAACUAAAUAAGAAUUAUAAAACAGUGCAAUAGGAUGAUGGUACAGAUUGUUUGAAUUUAUCGCAAUAGAUUGUCAAAAUUGGGAAAAUAUAGAAGAGUAGACUAAAAAAGACAACGAGAUAGACUACCAAAACAUAUUAGACAAAGAUUUGGUCAUCUCUAGAUCACAUUCAAACCGUGGUCUUACAUACAGAAAAAAGUAGACAGAAACUGAAAGAUAUAAUAAUGUGUAAAGUCCAUCAUGGGGUGACGUCAGGUUUGUAUUUUUAGGUUAACGAAAAUGGUUAACCCAUAGACAUAUCAUACCUAGACUGCGUGCUGCAGUAUAAUCCCAGUCCCCAUGUGCGACAGAGAAAAAAGAUGCGAGCAGUCCUUGUAUCUCUUUCUAAUGAGCGGGGUUUAUCGACAAAGUGAUCUUCUGGCUACCAAACAAUCCCUACAUGGAAUGCCACUUCUUCUUCAGAUUAAAGUCCAUUAAUGGAUGUUAGCAAUCACAUUUUCCAUUAACUCUCUGUUUCUUGCAAUAUGUAUGUUCCGAAUGGUUUGGGAACGAUUAACUGAAAUUAAAAUAAAUGUAAACACAACAAACUGUCAAUAAUAUAUUUAUUUUAAUCGGUAAAAAGACGUGUUUUGCUUAUAUCUCGUAAGGGUGUGUUGUUGACCUAUCCCGACGCCCGCUGGGAGGUUGUGAAUCGAUUGCCGUAGCUGAAAAAAUUCACAAACGCUAAUAUGUUCGUGUUUCUACCAUCUGACCAGAAAGGCGAUAAAUUAUUUAGAUCUGGCGUUUAAAAGUUGAAACAUUUCUGCAGUUUUAAGAAACGUCUUCAAAUGCAUCUCCAAAGUGAGUUAUUGGCAUAAGGUCUGAUAAGGUAAUUAAUUUAUGGGGUAUAUUUGUUAAACUGAACACACCAAAAACAUAUGGUUAGGGAUACAUUUCGUUUCGUAAAACCGUGCCCUUCUUAACAUCUGGUUUGUAUAUUAAAUGUGAAUUUUAUAUGACCCAUAUUAUUUCGUUUUGAUAAAAGUUAUUAAAAAUUAAAAUUAGCAAAAAUAGUAAUUAAAGCGUGUCGCCACAUGUAUCAGAUAUUGUAUGUCGUUAAUUCAUGUCCAUUGCUUUAUGUUUCGGAGCCAGGACAUUUUCUUGCGUCCCAGUCCUCUAUUGAAUUCAAUUUUACUCCCGAUUAUAAGUUGAAGGAACUGGUUUUUCAUUUCGUAUGAUGUGGCCUAGAUACGUCGUUUUCUUUUUCUUGAUGGUUUCGAAAAGUUGGCGUUCUUGGUUGAUUCUUUUUUAAGAACACCUACAUAUAGCAGCACCGACCAUACGUAGUACUUAGUAAAUUUAGUCUCAGUUGAAGAUCAAACUCUGAACAGGUCAGUACCUUGCUGAAUUUUACGAAAGCUGGUCGAGCUUGCUCAAUGCGACAUUCUACUUCCCUGUUCGAUACCCAGUCUUCAAAAAGCUAAAUUCCCAGGUAUUUAAAUUUACUCACUCUUUCAAUGGACUUGAUAUUCAGUGUUAUGGUGGAGUUUUCAAGUGCAUCCAAGUUUCUCGAGAUGAUCAUGAAUUUGGUCUUUUUGGUAUUGAUAUCUGAUCCCAUUCGCUUACUGUAUUCUCCGAUUAUAGUGACAAGUUGUUGAAGGUCGACUGUGGGGAUGUCACGUGGUCGAUAAAUCCUGCUCAUUAGAAUGAGACGCAAGGACGACUCGCAAUCUUUUUUCUCUGUCGCACAUGGGAAACAGUUUUUGAAUGCAGAGUGCAGUCUAGGUAGGUAAUGAAAUGUCUAUGAGUAAACCUAACCUAAACUAACCUUUUAACAUUAUUUUUUGUUAAACCUAACAAUGAUUUGUAUCAAAAAUUCUUCGGUGCUGAUUCACAUGUUGGUUUGUUCUCUUACAAACUUAAAAUAUACAACCACUCAAAAUUACAUAGAUCCGUUUUGUCAUACUUACGUGAAAUUAAAUAUUUUCCAACUAUCAAAGCAAUUUUAAAAAGAACUAAGACUGAAAGUUGCUAAAAUCGGCCCAACAAAAUAUUAUAAGAAGAAUAUAUGAUAUAGAAGAGACAAAUGACAGAUAGAAGAUAGGAAAUACAAAUGAAUACUAAAGAAAUACUAUACUGUGCGUUUUUAAAUCCCUUGUAGCCGGUAUAUUGAAUGGAAGAGUGUGUUUUAACUGUAUAUAGAGCAUCGACUUCACAUCGUUUUUAUAUAGCACUCGUAUUAUAUACAAUGUUGCCAUAAGUUUUAUUAUCGGACAUUUUGUAAUAAUUUAUUAAUGCUCACUAGAAAAACCUUUAUGUUGUAGUUAUGUAUAUAUAGUUCACGGGAGAAAGCGAUCGUAUGAAUGCAAAGAGAGUCAGUGCCAAUUAUAACCUAUAUAUGUAAUAAAUUCUGAAUGCUGUGUACCAAUUAUAAUAUGUGUUUGCACUUGUGUAUUAUUUGAAAUGUAUACUUAAUAUUCUUAUGAAAUCGCACUGUAUUACCUAAAAUUCGUGAUCAUUUGUCCAUAAUUCAUUCGUCAUUAUUGUAUCGGUAAAGGAUACUAAAUCUGACGUCGAACUAAUAGUGAAGCUUCGAAACUCUUCAAAGAAACUUCUAAUAACACGUAAAAGUCUAUAACAUAUUUAAUUUCAACUUAUUCUUAAAUGUUGUGUAGAAGAUCCUUAAUAUGGGCUUCUGCAGUGAUAAAAAGUAUUUGUAUCUUCCUCGCUGUGUCUUUUUUAGCCGAAAUGAGAAAUGUAUCGAAAUCAGUUAGAAUCUAGUUCCAGCUGUUAAUAGCACUAUUCGUCGCCGCCAUGUUUAUCUUCAACUUAACAUGUAACGUACAUUGGGUCUAUUGAAUAAAAAGAAGUAUUUGCUUUUACUUACAAGUAUUUAAGUAUUUACUUAAUACUAAUUGAAUGAAGUCAUUUCUUUAAUGCUUUGUUCAAUUACAAUUAAGUAAAUACUUAAAUACGAGGAAAUAAAAGCAAAGACUUCUUUUUAUUCAAUAGACCCAAUAUAUUAUACGUGAUACGUCUUUGGUAUAUACAGUGAUGAGUACGCUAAAAACCGGCAAAAUAACGUAAAAGACGCAAAAUGUUGUGAAAUAAAGAGAGGAAACUAGUAGAGGUUGUAAAUUAUCAAUAGAAACCCAUAAAUUUCCAUUAUAUGUAUUGAUAGUUUUCCACCUUUAGACGUAUCGAAGGAGUUUGGCAAUAGCCACUGUGACAGGAGAAUUUUAUAAAAUUUUAUAAAAUUAUCCUGUGACAGUUUGGCUCCGAUAUGUCUAAAGGUGGAAAACUCGAUAUAUUGUAAAUUUAUAGGUUUCCAUUGAUAAUUUCCCACCUCUACUAGUUUCAUUUUUUUAUAUCACAACAUAUUAUGUUUUCCGUCUUUUGCAUUUUUUGCUGGUUAUUAUCGCACUCAUCACUGAAUAAUAAUUGGUAUAGGUAUACCAUGACGUAUGGCGCAUAUUAUGGUACGUCAUAUGUCAUGUGUACGAUGAAUAGAGCCCUAUCAUAGAGGUAUAUAUUAACAUAGAGGGAGCCUACCUUCCGCGCUUCCUGACGACAAGAUCUCAUGGACUGGUUUGCUGCAUCUCUUUCUAACACAUUGUAUCGAAAAUCUAUGAUUACAUUCAGUGUGAAUAUAGGCGCGGAAGAGGAGGACAACUGUAGCAGCUUUACUAUGCGUAAGAGUGAAA